AUGACGACGAAAGUGCACCCAGAGGUUCUCUGGGCUCAGAGGAGCUCAGACUACGCUGAGGAAAAGAAUGUCCUGCUCAUAACGAUCAACGCUCCUGAGAUCUCGAGCAGCUACAAGCUCGACAUCUCUGCCAAGAAGAUCGUAUUUGACGCAGACACGGCUUCUUCCGCAUCCUCCGGCAAGUCGGUCAGCUCUGCCGUCCCACAGAAACACUAUGCAUUCGAGCUGGAGCUCUUUGAGGAGGUCGAGCCCGAAGAGGGCAAGAAGGUUACUCUCACGGGCAAGAGCCUCACGCUCGUCCUGCGCAAGAAAGAGCUCAAGGAGGACUACUGGCCAAGACUGACAAAAGACAAGAAAGUCAACUUUGUCAAGACAGACUUUGGCAAGUGGAAAGACCAAGACGAACGCAAGUCCAGAGAUGACAUUGCCGAUGCCGACGAGGGCGGCCCAGACGGAGGACCUUCGGGCAACAUGGACAUGCAACAACUGAUGGCGCAGAUGCAAGCCGGCGGCGGUAUGGGCGGCAUGGGCGGCAUGGGCGGCAUGGGUGGCAUGGGAGGCAUGCCAGACAUGAGCGCGCUCGGUGGUAUGGGCGGCGCAGGCGGUGAAGGCGGCGAGCAACCCGACUUUGAGGCCAUGAUGCGACAAAUGCAGCAGGAGAACCCGGGCUUGGGCGAAGGCGGCGACGAAGAAGAAGAAGCAAAGGAUGCUGAAGAGGAGAACGAGCUGGACGCCAUGCUGGACAAAGCAAAGGGCAAAGCACCGGCCUAG